GGAGCGUGGACUGCAUUUGCUCCGCUUCUACACGCGUUUGAAGCCCCUUUGCUUGCUUUGCACGACUAUUUGGCCUCUUGCUGGGAAGAAGGGAAGAGGCGCGUGUCCUCCUGUUAGAUUCAUGUUGCCCACGGAGGUCGGGAAAUUGCUGGUCUCGCAGGGGAUGGAAUUCUGGACCAGCCCUGCCUCUUACGACGAAGUCAACGGGAACACGGAGCUGCCUGAUAACACGGACUUGAUAUCCCAGGAGCUGGAGGAGGUGCUCUGUUCUGAGCGGGUUAGCAGGAUCACCAAGACCUACCAUGAUAUAGAUGCUGUCACCAGCCUGCUGGAAGAGAAGGAGCAUGACCUGGAGCUAGCCGCCCGCAUUGGACAAUCGCUGCUGAAGCAGAACCGGAGCCUAUCGGAACGCAAUGAACUCUUGGAAGAACAGAUUGAAUUGGCAAAGGAAGAGAUUGCUCAGCUUCGCCAUGAGAUAUCCAUGCGGGACGACCUUCUGCACCUGUACACCAACAGCACAGAGGAGAGCGAGCCGACCUCUGCCACCUCCACUCCGUUGCGGAGGAAUGAAUCUGCCCUCUCUUUGCAGCAGUGUUUUCAGUAUGACACCCUACAGCAGAAGCUCAAAGGGCUGGAGGAGGAGAACCAGAAACUGCGGACAGAGGUCACAAGCAUUGCCACGGAAACCUCUCAAUAUGAGGAACAGGAGCAGAAGCUGAUGAUCGACUGUGUGGAGCAAUUUUCGGAUGCUAGUCGGGAAGUGGUCCUGCUCUCUGAGGAGCUGGCCCGCAAGACGGAGGACACGGCACGGCAGCAGGAGGAGAUCAGUCAGCUGCUGGCGCAGAUUGUGGAGCUGCAGCAGAAGUGCCGCACGUAUGGUUCAGAAGUGGAGGAGCUGCAGCAGCAUCUCACUGCUGCCAAGGAAGUUCAGCAGCAGCUACGAACAGAGCUCCGGGACCUGCAGGAGAAAUACGUGGAGUGUGGGGCAAUGUUGCACGAAGCCCAGGAGGAGAUGAAAAACCUCCGGAACCGCAGCCUCCCCAACAGCACCAUCCACCGUCACAGCUCCCCCACUUUUUUGCCCCUGGAUUCCCUGGCUGCAGAGAUCAAGGGCACCAUGAGAAAGAGCGUGGACAGCUCUGGUUCCGCAGAGUGCAAGGGCGUCCGCCGGGUCUUUGAGACGGUGAAGGCUGUGAACCAGGUGGCGAAAGCCAGAUCGCGGGCAGAGUCUCCCCUGAGCUUCCCUGUGUGCUCUCCCAAAUUUUCCUCGCUGGGCUGCAGCCGCCUGAACACCCCACGCACCAGCUUCUACGGUUCAGACAGCCCCAUUGCCGGAGGCCUGGAGGGGCAGGAUGGCCAUGCUUCUGAAGGGCCGGACGAAGCGUGCCGGCGCGAGGCUGGCACGCCGGGCACACCCGGCCGGCACGACUUGGAAGCUGCCGUCCGGUGCUUGUCGGCCCGCCAGGAGAGCCACAGCACCGAGCGCUCGUUCUUUGAGAUGGAGAGGGAAAGCAAGCUGAGGCGGCUGGCGAGGGAUGCCGAGGACUCCAGCGGGUUCCUCACGCCCAACGAAAGCAUCACGUCCACUGGCACCAACUAUUCGGGCAGCUCUGGUGGUUCCGGCUUCUCUCUGGGCUCCUUCUCUUGUUUCCCCGAUAAGCUUCAAAUCAUCAAGCCUCUGGAAGGCUCCAUGACCCUCCACCACUGGCAGCAGCUAGCCCGGCCUCACCUGGCGGGGAUCCUGGACCCUCGGCCAGGUGUGCUCACCAAAGAUUUCCGGCAGCUUGACACAGACCUGGAGGAGGUCUACAACCUGAAUGACCUGGAAGAAGACGAUGUGGAUGCAGGCUCCUUCCCGGCCCUUGCUACCUCGACACCUGCCAAGGCCAAGGAGAGGCCUAGUGUAUUUCACUCCGUUAACAAUCUGCCCCAGACCCCGCCUACUUUCACCAUCACCACCUGUUGCAUCUCGCACCCUAGCAACGAGGUCACCAUGGUGACACACAGUCUUUAUAAUACAGUUGUGCCCUCUUGUGGGUCCGGCACGGGGCUGAGCCCCCUUCACCCUCCCCAGCUCCCCCUGCAGGAAGAGCCCAGCUGUGAAGAGCAGCAGCAGGAGGACCCCCCUCUUGGACUAGUGACUCUGCUGACGGAGCAAGGCAUUUCUGCACAGAGCGGGGCGGGGGCAGCCUCGGCGGGGGCAGCCUCGGCCUUGGCCCGCUUCCCCAGAGGCUCAGGCACCCUGUCUUGGCUGUCUCCUCCUUUGGGCUCUCUGUGGCGCUGCCGCUGGGGCGGCCUAGGGGAGUGGGCCUUGGGAUCGCCUCGGUUGCGGCAGAGGGAGGAGGAGGAGAAGAAGGAGGACAAGCCCAGCAUCUUCAGCUUGAACCUGGUGGAGAAGCUGCAGCAGCUGGGGCUGGACAAGGUGGUGAGAAGAGCGGAAGCCUCAUACGCAGCUUCACACCUGCAAGGGCUUCAUCGGAGGAAGAGGUGUCUGUCGUGAGGACUCUGAAAUUUUGUGCUGCCCUCCGCUGGUGGGGCGUCUGUGAGACAGAGGGGGCUUCAAGUGAACGGCCUCCUGGACAAAGCCCGACUGUGAUCCUGAAGUUUGGGGUGUGGUUGUGGGGAGGGACCCUGCAGGGCUUGACAGCAAACAGGGGGUCUGCCAACCACAGUGCCCUGUUGCCAUUCUGUCCUCCACUUCCUGUAGAUCAGGAAAGUUGGGGGGAAUGAUUGUUUCGAUGUCUACCCUUGCUGAUAAAGCUUUUCACAGCUUCCUUCUGCCUCCAUCCUAGGAACCCUGGGAGUUGUGGUUCUGUGAGCCCUUUUUCUGUGGGGCCCUUUUGCAAAACUGCAAUCCCCAAUGUACUUUCGCUAUGAAGGCUUUGGGGCCUGGGUAAGAGGAAUGAGCCUUUUUCAUUGGAGCAGUUUCUAAGCUGAUAAUGUUUCUUGCCCCCUUUUCUGCCUUGGUGCAAUCCUCGACUCUCCUUUGAGUGCCCAGGAUGCAGAGUCAUCUUGGGUCGGAGCUGUGGCUCUGCAGAGGGGAAGGGGCUAACUUUGGAUGUCACAGCUGUGGGUCACAUCCUGGAGGUUAGGGAGGCUGAGCCUGGAAAGUGCUGGCCCAAAGUCCAAAAAGCACACAGCUCCAAGCUCAUCUUCACGGACCGUGACUCUCCCUGCUUCCUGCGCCAUAGUCACUGCCUUCACUGCUAAUUCCUGUAAGAAAUGCACACCUUCUCUGUCUCUCUCUGUGUGUAGUACGUAAAGGCAAGUAGUGGUAUAGGCAGGACUUGUGGAAGUAAUAGGUUGGGCUUUUUGCAUGCAUGAUGGGCUUGAGAGGGGAUGUUUUUGUCCUUUACCUCUCCUGCCAACUUCAGUUUUCUUAGCCUCGGGCAAACGCAAUAGUUGGGUCUAUUUCUCAUCUGGAUCUGGUGAGGUUUUCUCCAUCAAAAGACACUGUCUCAGUUCAUUGAGGAAAAGGGACAAAGAAGGCUGACCGGGAUCCUGUUGUGCCCCCCCCCCCGACACUCCCCUGUGGACCCAUUUAGUGCCCUUUCCUUCUCCAACACUUAGCCACCCAGAGCUGGCUUUGUUCGCCCCACACCCUGAGCUCUCCUUUUGGAGAGGCAAAGCUCUCCUCUCUUUCUUGUGUUGCUGAGGAUUCUCCUGCACUUUACUCUCCCACCCCCCUCAUCUCUCCACUGAAGUUUUUAAUAUUGCAUUGCCCCUGAAAUCUGCCUCGUGUCUGUUUCGUCCUUGCUGGAGCAGGGCAGCUCUGUUCAUCUUCCUCCAAAGCGUCUUCUAACAACAGUUAUGGUAAUUCUCAGACUUGGGCAGCUGUAUGGCUGGUUUCCACAGAUUGCUCUGUUGUGGGUCUCCCCCCUUCAGUGGACGUUCAUAUUUUCCCAUUUAUAAAUGUUAACUUAAAGUCCCACACCCGUUCCUUGCACGCUCCUGUAUGUGUGCUGCACACCACUUUGCAUAGUUAGUCAGCCCCUCAUUUUGACACAUGCGUGUUCCUGUUACGUUCCUGUGUCUCCUUUCGGUGAAAUAAACAUGGUGUUGCUGUUGCUCCU